AUGUCACUUUUGAGAGUCGGACCGCUCAAACUCUCCACAGCACUGUCGUACUCGCAAGCGGGCUGUGAAAAUCAGCCAUCUCAGACAAUCUCUUUGCUCCGGUCCGGCACAGAUUAGGCAGUCGUGAUGGAUAAAACCCUGUAAAUUAUUACUCUGCAGAUUGGGUGUGUGCGCAGAUGAGGCUCUGCGCUGACGUGGACCUCCGGCUUUCUACAACACAUUGCCUGGAAUAUUCUGGAUCUCAGGAGGCUUUCUUAUCAUCACCAUGAUCAGAUUUGUUACAAGACUGUAGCACUGAACACGCCCCAGCCAGGAGGGCAAAGGCUGGGCAAGGAGCCCAUCAUAUCCUGUAUUCCAAGUUGGACGUAGUAAAAGAACCAUGUAGUGUUUCUUUUUCCACCACAGGGGGGCGGGUUAACUUUGUAGCUCUUUUUGUAUGAUUUUUUUAUUUAAGGGAGUUGGUCUAUAAGGUGAGCCGGAAAUGGUCUUGCACACCUCUCCCUACUCCAGUGCCUUCCUCAGUUUUCUGAGCGGCCUCUCGUGGGCCUUCGUUUUCCCCUGCUAUUGGCUGUUGGACCGGUUGUUGGCCUCCUGUGUACCAACGUCACUGGAGAAACGUAGGCGCUCGCAGGAUCCCUGUUCCUUCCUGGUACUGGGAGUUCUGAUCUCAACACCGCUCUACCUGGUGCUACUGGUGGCAUCCUUUCCUUUGGCCUUUCUUGGCUUUCUUUUAUGGGCACCACUGCAGAGCAUCAGGAGCCCUUACAUAUACACACACCAGAAGCCCGACAAGCAUGGGAUUGAGCAGGGUGCUGCAGCCGGCACUGGGGCAGCACUUGCUGAAUGGCGUCCGCAAGGUCGCAGUUUUUGCUUUGGGAGUGCCAACGUCUGCCUGUUGCCGGACUCACUAGCACGUUUCAAUAACCUUGCGGACACUCAACGGCGGGCGAGGGAUGUGGGCAAGCGGAUCCGCAACGGUGCCAGCAGACCGCAGAUCAAGAUAUACAUCGACUCGCCUACUAAUACAUCAAUUAGUGCUGCCUCCUUCUGCAGCUUGGCCACACAGGGCUUCCGUCGUACCUCUUCUCUGGACCAUCGUCCCGAACCUGCAGUCAUCACUGAGAGUGAGACCGAGCCCUUAACAGAAUGUCCCGUUCACCCCUCAGGAGGUACGAGCUCAGAUUGCCCUAUCCACAGCACUGACGCCCAAAACCCCUCAGAGUGUCCCGUUCAUCCCAAUGGAGAAGACCAUGCUCCAGACUGCGCGCUCCAACAGUUUGCAGACCCGAACUCCUCCGGCGAGUGUCCAGUGCAAAGCAGCAUCACCCAGAACUCGGAAGACUGCCCUCUCCAUCCAUCUGGAGUACAAAUCAGCAUCACCUCCCCUGAUUCAGAGCCAGCUGGUGCUGAAAAAGGAAACCAUCAAACCGGGGACGGGGAUACAGGGAGCCUUGAAAGCCGCACAGCUUCCCGAGAAUCUCUGGUUCGUUUUAACACGACUGAUGGAGGGAUAUCGCCCAAUAACACGCUUUCACAACACCGCACUUCCGUCUUCAAGCGACCCAUCGGGCGCAAGCGUCGUCAUGGUGAUGACGGCUUUGACCAUGAGAUUUCCGCCUUCUUUCCUGCCAACCUGGACUUCCUGUGUCUGCAGGAAGUUUUCGACAUACGGGCUACUGACAGACUUAGGAGGCAGCUGCACCGCUACUUCCCCUAUGUGCUGAGCGACGUGGGACGCUACGGCUGGAAAGGCUGUUGCUCUCGGUUCAAGUUCUUGAACAGCGGGCUACUGCUGGCCAGUCGCUACCCUAUAUUAGAUGCCCAUUAUGAGUGUUUCCCCAAUGGGCGUAGUGAGGAUGCUCUUGCUGCUAAGGGAGUUCUUUUUGCCAAGGUGCAGGUAGGACGCUCUGCUCAGGAACAACGGGUUGUUGGAUAUAUCGCAUGUACUCAUCUGCAUGCUAUUGAAGGUGAUUCGUCUGUGCGCUGUGAGCAGUUAGAUAUGUUGCUGGAAUGGGGCUCGGAGUUCAGAAGAGCCACCUCAGGGUCUGCAGAUGAGGAGAAGGGUCUGGAAGAUCAGGUGGCUUUUGACGUCAUACUCGGAGACCUGAACUUUGACAACUGCUCCUCAGAAGAUAAGCUGGAACAACAGCAUUCACUCUUCACUCAGUAUAAAGACCCAUGUCGCCUCGGCCCUGGAGAGGACAAACCAUGGGCCCUAGGUACACUGCUGGACACAAGCGGGCUGUAUGACGAAGAAGUCAGCUCGCCAGAGAGUCUUCAGAAGGUAAUGGAGAACGAAGAAGGGAGAAAAGAGUACUUGGUUUUCCCGGCCAGCAAGAAUCACUGUCCCAGCCAGAAGGGUCGUAAAAUCCCCCUGAAGGGCAACGGCAGGAGAAUCGACUACAUCCUCUAUAAAGAGGAAGGCCUGCAGCAGGACUGGAAAGUGGACAUAGAAGAGUUCAGCUUCAUUACUCAACUCGCUGGAUUGACCGACCACCUCUCAGUGGCUGCGAGACUGGUAGUGUCGACCGGAGAAGAGGAGAGCUAGAAUCCAGCCAUAAUUUUCACAAAAAUCAAUGCCACGGAGAGUUAGAAAGCAAGAGAGAGAGAGAGAGAGAGUGGAGCAUAAAAGCAGAAGGCAUUUGUCUCCAGAUGUCAGAUGAGAGCCGAGUGAUAGAGAUGGUGGUGUAAAACCAUUGAAUAGAUGGAUCGAGGACAGGCUGGGAUGACGAAAAGGAAAGAAAUCACCAAUCGGCUGAGAGCACCGACAUUUCGGACUGUGGUUCUCAAGUAACACGGACACACGUUCUGUUGUCGCCAUGGAUACGGACACAGUCUCACAAUCCAUCCACCCCUAAACGUCCGUGUGUUUACAUCUGAUGAACAACUCGAAAGACUCACCUUUGCACAUCCGAUGCUUUCCUCUUGGCCUGAGAAGGUGCGGAAGAGAUUUUCUGGUGCCAUGACCCGGUUGUUGCAUGGGGCUGGUCGUCCUGUCACACAGUAUGAAAAAAAGGCAUUGACUUUUAUGUUCUUUAGAGUUUAGAGGACAGCAUUCUUCAAAAGACCUCAGCAAAAGUGUCUUUCUUUUCUAACGUCUUUCUAAGGUUUCUAUGACCUCGUGUCAUCUUUUUAGGGAGUUUAUAUACUGAUGUACAACAAGGUUUUAUUGUGCAACCUCAGCCAAUACUAAGUUGAUCUUAAACGAUUGUGAAUGACGACCAAGCCUGGAAAUCUCACGGAUGGUGAUAUCGUUGCAUAUGACUGGAAUGCUGAGCAGUUGAUGGGAAUUUAACCCUUUGGAUGUUUGGAUUGCUGGUAGAUGCAUGUUUUCUCGAUGCACUGCCAUGUUUGUCAUGGCCUGCAUGUUUGACAUGAAAUCCCCAAAAGUUACGCCCCUCACAUACACAUACAGAGACACAACACUUCCCUUUUCCAGUAUUGCUUUGGCUCCAUUACAGUAUAUGGUGCCGGACAGAGUCGCAGUGUUCACUGUUUACAUAUUUUAGUCAAAAUGGUCGUCCCCUGAAAAUGUUUACACGCUUAUCGAUUUCAGGCAACAGUACCAAAAAUGGCUGAUCUUAACUACCCCGGUUAAACCCAUAGAGGAUCUCUCCUUAUUGCUUUUAUACUGUCUAUAUUUCUCUUGAUAUAAGUUGAUAUUAUUAUUAUUAUUAUUAUUAUCAUUAUUACUAUUGUUCGUAGAUUUGAAAUUAUGUGCUUUUUACAAAUGACUACAUUUCCCAUAAUGCAUUUAUCUGCUUUUGCUGUGUUAGAGGUUUACAGCAGCCUAGCGUAGAGCUCCGCCCUGUUUCACCUGCAGACUGACUGGCCAAUCAGCAUGCUAAUAAACAUCCUUACCAUGGGUUCACACUAGCCGCGGUUGAGACAUCAAAAUUCGCGCGUAAAAGCAGCACGUGAAGUUCUAGUCAUCGAGACAUUCACGCGGAUAAUUGCGUCAUGGGAGGGGCUUCUGCGAAUCCGCUCGCUUCCUGUAAUCACGUCACUACUAGAGCAAGCUCUUGAUUGUUUAACACGACGCGUUUUUCCGUCAAAGUUCACAUUUUUCAACUCGCGCGUUUGCCGCGGCAACGAUCAAUUUGCCCCAUUCGCGCAAACUAGACACGCGAAGACCUCCAGACGCACAUCAACGUGUCUUCACAUUGACUUAACUUUGAAAUCACUCGCGCUUGAUGCCUCUACCGCGGCUGUGUGAACACAGCAUUAGCCUUAUUUCAACCAAUCACUCAUGUGGUCAUACGGUUGGAGUCGGAAAUAAGUCCCACUUCCGGAUACCCACCUGGGCUAUGCCAUAACAAUUACAACUUGUAAAAACCUUUAUAUAGGGGUGUUAGGGGGGCAUUUUUAGGUCAACUAGGAGUAGUGGUGUAAUUUUUUUUUAAAGCUUAAACAAUGUUGCUAUUGUAAGGGUUUAUAAUUCAAAAGUAAAUAGUUUUAGAAAGUGAACUGCCAUCCUUAAAUAAAUAAAUAAAAUCAGGGGUCAAAGGUUAGUUAAACAGGGAGAGCUGUAGUUAAAAUGCAUGCAGUUGAAAACCAGAAGCUUCACCAGUUCUCACUCUCAUUGCUGAUCUUACUGUUAUCUAUAUAUUGUUUUCAAGACUAUAUACUUGUUUUUGUUAUUGUUUUCCUUGAAUUCUUGAGGAAUGCUGCUUGCUGCAAGCUAUCGGCUAGCCAUGUACUCAAGGGAAGAGCUUUCUGUAUGUCAGCUCUUUAUAGCGCAUUUGGUUUUUAUUAAAAAAUCCCUCUUUGAUUCAAA